CUUCAAGAAAGGCUACCAGAAACACACCAGACGCUCGUGCUCUGAACCGACACCUGCAGCCUCAAGGGGGACAAUUUAUCUCGACCCCAAAAACAGACAUCCUACACGUUCUCCGCCUAAACCCAAAUCCCCAUCCGCUCACCACUCCCCUCCCUCCCCCUCCACCACAGAGCCAACCAACGGGCUCCAACGAGAACUACCAUGGCGCAAAAACUGCACCUCACAUUAACGACGACGCUCACGCUCCUCGAGCAAUUCCAAACGGCCAUCACCACCAGCACAUCCACCUCCACCUCGACCCCGCCUCCGAGCUUCGCAACGGAGACAACCAGCAGCGCCCCCGAAAUCAAACCCAAAGACGCCCUACCGCUCCUCAGCGCCUCAGCACUAACACUCAAAUCGCAAAUCACGAAACUCUCCCUCGUAACAAUCACAUCGCCGUUCACAGCCGCAGCAGUACAACCGGUGCUUACGGCACUCAACGAAUCCGUGCUCCCGUCGCUGGUGACAGGCGCGCUCCUGAUCACAGCGACGGAGCACACGGUCGCGUUCCGCACCGAGGCGCACGCGCUUACGAAGCUCGCGCUCACGGAACUCGCGGCCCUGUUGCACGAGGUGCAGACUAUUUCCGAGAAGAAAACUACGGAGCUUGCGCAGGCGGAGAAGGACGCGGUGACGGUGGCGGCGGGGCGGGCGUGGGAGACGUGCGAUGCGCUGAUCGAUCUUGCGGGCAAGGGGGUGGUGGGGUUUGUGAUGCGGCGGGUUGAGCAGUGGCGGGAUCUUGUGCGCGAUGCCGUCGGAGAGAUUGAGGAGUGGGAUCCUGAUGAGGAGGGGGAUGAGUUUUUUGAUGAGCUUUUGGGUGAGGAUCAUACUGGACACCAGGAUGAGGGGGGGGAUAGUGAGGAUGAGGAUGAGGAUGGGGAAGAGUCGGCGGCGCUGCAUGCGCAGAAGAAGGACACGCUGCGCGUGCUCAGGCCGAUCGCGCAGGUGUAUCCCGCUAUCGUGACGCAUCGGCUCAAGAAGACGGCUGAUGCCGUGGCUGAGGUGCGCACGUUGGAGGCGCUGAUGGGCUGUCUGCGCGAGAUUCCGGAGCUGGUUGAUGAGGUUGCGGGUGCGCUUUAUGAGGCCAAUCCUGAGAAGUCACUGCGCUUCUUGGGGCUUGCGAAGGAGAAGGCUGUUGCUGCUUUGCAGCUGGUUACGUUGCCUUGGCAGGGGGCUGGUGAGGAUAAGUUCUCUGCUUGGGCGAAGACGUGGUUGAGGGUUAUGAAUGAGCUGAGCGGUUCUAAUGAUUCGGGGCAUGGCCUAGGAUAG